CACACCACCGCCACCGCCACCCACGCUGCACUCCGGCGACCCGCGAAGAUGCAGAUCUUCGUCAAGACGCCGUCGGGGAAGACGAUCACGCUCGAGGUCGAGGGCGGCCACGACAUCGCCGACGUCAAGGCCAGGAUCCACGACAAGGAAGAUGUGCCGCCGGAUCAGCAGCGCCUCAUCUUCGCAGGGAAGCAGCUGGAAGAAGGCCACACGCUGGCGGACUACAACAUCCAGAAGGAGUCCACGCUUCACCUCGUGCUCCGCCUCCACGGCGGCAGGGGCGGCACCGGUAAGGGGGGAACCUACCCACCAAUCGAGCCCAACCUCCUUCAGCUCGCCCUCAAGUACAGGCAGCGUAAGCUCAUCUGCCGCAAGUGCUAUGCACGCCUUCCCCUCAGGUCUGCCAACUGCCGCAAGAAGAAAUGUGGCCACUGCAACGAGAAUUCAAUGAUGUUUGUUUCAAAAAGUCAAUGUGCCAAGUCAGCUCACUUGUGUUUUGCAUCAAUCUGACGCUGACAGAGACGAGGACCAAGAAGAAGCUGAAACCCAGGGACCCAUGAAGCACUGCACUGGCCAGCAAGAGAAAGGGAUACCCAAGUGACACGCACCAGCUGAAUUUACCCUACCGUCUCCUUAUAUUAGCUCCUUAUAUUAGCUUCUUGUUACCUUUUAAGUUCCUGCUGCUGCUGGGUUUAAACACCCUAAAUGCGUACUCUAGCUGAAUAGUACUAUGGAUUCCUGUUGCAUCAUGGGUUCUGUUGAUGAUCCCCUAAAUACUCUUGAUGGUGAUGCCGUGCUUAAGGGAUGCUAGUUACGAAUUCCUGCUGUUAUCAUCACAUGGACAUGGGUUCUGUUCUGUUGGAAUAGAUGAAUGGAUGCUUCUCCAGUUUA